ACGCUACAGGAAGAAGCGAGCCUGGGCUGCCUGUCCUGCCGUUUUCAAGCUCAGCCAAUCCUCAAUGUGCGAGGGGCUUCAGCAUCAUGAUAUUUAACACACCCACCCCGAACAUCCGACCGAGGUAUUUCCUCAAGCGCCUGUCAACGGGCAGACAUCACCUUCACGAGAGCUGGACGAGCGGCAGGAAACGAUGAAACUUUCUCCACAUAUCACAUUUGUCGACGGACGGAAGGAGGUGCGAUGCCACACUUUCUCGAGACCUGCCAGGGCUGCCAUGCGUCUCGUCGCUUUCACCGUUUGAACAGCCUCGAUUCACACCGGAUAAGACGAGCGAAUGAACUUGUACAGCUGUGAAAGGCAUCUCGUGCGCUGUAUGAAAAGCGGCAGAUGUUUUCUUCGCACGCCGAAAUGGACAUCGCGAACGCGCACUUUUCUGGAUAGUCUACUGUAUCCGACGAGGCUUGACUUGUUCGCAUUUCGCAGAUAUCUGCUGCAUACGAGCUAUUAAAUGGUCAAACAGACUAUGAGUGACUGUGUCGCGUCUCGUCAACUGACCGCACGGGAGGAAUUUAAUCGCGAGCGCACGUAAAUAACUGGAUUAUUGUUUGGCAUGGAUGUACACGAGCGCUUCACCGAAUAAACCCUCAUCUCUGCCCUUAAACUGGCACAUGAAAACGGAGACGUUCCAUGCGUUCCCCUCCUAAAAUUGGGAGCCCGUGUUUUAUGUACAGUUGGCGAUGUAGUGCGCUUGCUCACUUUUAUCCCUGACAUUCCAAACAAGUCGUUUCUCGAACGCGAGAGCCUGAAGAUGAUCCUCUUUAGAAAAUUCCGCGUCUUGAUUUUGAUGGUGUUUCUUAUAGCCUGCUCCAUGCACAUUAUGAUAGACUUGUUACCGAAGCUGGAGAGACGGAGCGGUAGCGCGUGCUCGUGCUCACACACACCCAGCGAAGAGCCGCAGAACUGGGCUAAGCAUCGAGCCAAGCCGGGAUCAGAGUCCGGCUGGCCUAAUAAACACACACUCCGAAUACUUCAAGACUUCAGCAACGAGCCCAGCUCCAACCUGACCUCUCACUCGCUGGAAAAGAUGAUGGUCGGUGAGAGAGCCGAGGCUUUGAAGAGAUUUGAGCAGCUGACAGGUGAUGAGAGGAGGCUCGCGACGCGGGACUCUGCCUUCAAGAACGCAGCGGUCAAGGGUUCGAGGCUCUCGGCGCUGUUUGAGCAUCCUUUAUACACCAGGCCAUUGCCUCCUUUAACUGACGAAGACACUUUAUUCAAUGUCAACACUGAUAUACGGUUUGACCCUAAAGCUGCGGAGAAUCCAGAGUGGAAUGGGGAAAGUAAAGAUGGGGAUUAUGCGCCUACGGGUGAGAUGUCUUCAGACUCCUACCCAAACUGGCUCCGCUUCCACAUUGGGAUCAACCGGUAUGAGCUUUACUCCAGGCAUAACCCGGUUAUUGACGCAAUGCUGAAGGAUCUGGUUUCGCAAAGGAUCACCAGUGUUGCAAUGAAAUCUGGAGGCACGCAGCUGAAGCUCAUCAUGACAUUCCAGAACUACGGCCAGGCCCUUUUCAAACCCAUGAAGCAGACACGGGAGCAGGAGACACCACCAGACUUCUUCUACUUCUCUGAUUUCGAGAGGCACAAUGCUGAGAUCGCAGCAUAUCAUCUAGACAGGAUCCUGGAUUUCCGCAGAGUGCCGCCGGUGGCCGGGAGACUAGUUAAUAUGACCAAAGAGAUCCGAGACGUGACCCGUGACAAAAAACUGUGGAGAACUUUCUUCAUUUCACCAGCCAAUAACAUCUGUUUCUACGGUGAAUGUUCGUACUACUGCUCUACUGAACACGCUCUGUGCGGAAAACCUGAUCAGAUCGAAGGGUCUUUAGCAGCUUUUCUGCCUGAUCUUUCCUUGGCAAAACGCAGGACCUGGAGAAACCCCUGGAGAAGAUCCUAUCACAAACGCAAGAAAGCAGAGUGGGAAGUGGAUCCAGAUUAUUGUGAAGAAGUGAAGCAGACGCCGCCGUAUGAUAGUGGCACACGUCUGCUGGACAUCAUGGAUAUGACCAUUUUUGAUUUCCUUAUGGGAAACAUGGAUCGUCAUCAUUAUGAGACGUUUGAAAAGUUUGGGAAUGAAACUUUCAUUAUUCAUCUUGAUAAUGGAAGAGGUUUUGGUAAACAUUCUCAUGAUGAACUUUCCAUUCUGGUGCCUUUGAGUCAAUGCUGCAGAGUGAAGAAGUCCACUCAUUUACGGCUUCAGCUUGUGGCUAAAGAAGAGUUUAAACUGAGCUCUCUGAUGGAGGAAAGUCUCCAGACGGACACACUGUCACCCAUCCUCAUCAGGCCUCAUCUUGAGGCUAUGGACCGCCGGUUGCGUCUGGUGCUACAGGUAUUGGCCGACUGCAUUGAGAAGGAGGGCUACAGUAAUGUAGUGGAGGACGACAUGGGCACAGAGGGCAUGGACACAGGCACAGUCCCGCAGAGGUAGUGGGCACAGGCGUACUCCUCUGAAGCUCCACAGCAGCUCUAGAGACCAUGAACGUUCCGCAAGAGAUGCUCUUGUUGAUCAACUUUUCUGAAUUCAGUGAAUUCCUAAAACUCAUUCCUCAACCAAUGGACCAUGUGGAUAACUAAAGAUACACAGUAAAGAAAGAGAUGGUGUCCUACAGGCUUGUGUUCAUUUGAUCCAGAAAUGCUGGAGUAAUGUCAAAAAAGCUGGUCUUCAUAUGUAACAAGACAGUGUUAUAAGAACAGUGGUUCUAAACUGGGGGAUCCUCACUUAAAAGGGCAUUGUUUCAAUGCAGACAGUCAAACAUAACUAUUAGUAUUUAUUCAUUUUCUUUUCAGCUCAGUCCCUUUAUCAAUCUGAGGGUCGCCACAGCGGAAUGAACCGCCAACUUAUCCAGCACAUUUUACGC